GGGAUAUCGGAAGUGACUAGCAAGGCCUUGCAGGAAGUGUGGGCCCCUGUAUAAUUGGGUAGGAGACCCCGCCCAGGCCUCUUUCCGCUCCGAGCUCCGACCGGUGUAGAACCAGCCGAGGAGACACGAUGACCGAUUGGGAGACAGUACCCGUAGGGGCAGAAACCCCAGAAAUUAAACUUUUUGGAAAAUGGAGCACGGAUGAUGUACAGAUAAAUGACAUCUCCCUGCAGGAUUACAUUGCAGUAAAGGAGAAAUAUGCAAAGUACCUGCCACACAGCGGAGGCCGUUAUGCUGCCAAGCGCUUCCGCAAGGCCCAGUGCCCCAUCGUGGAGCGUCUGACAAAUUCUCUCAUGAUGCACGGAAGGAAUAACGGCAAGAAACUCAUGACCGUUCGAAUUGUUAAGCACGCUUUUGAGAUCAUUCACCUGCUGACUGGAGAGAACCCUCUGCAAGUCCUGGUAAACGCCAUCAUCAACAGUGGACCACGUGAAGACUCCACACGUAUUGGCAGAGCUGGUACAGUGAGGAGGCAAGCUGUUGAUGUCUCACCUUUAAGAAGAGUCAACCAGGCUAUCUGGCUGUUGUGCACCGGAGCCCGUGAAGCUGCUUUUAGGAACAUUAAGACUAUUGCAGAGUGCGUAGCUGAUGAGCUCAUAAACGCAGCCAAGGGUUCCUCAAACUCAUACGCCAUCAAGAAAAAGGACGAACUGGAGAGAGUUGCCAAAUCCAACCGUUAAACUGUCGCAUUGGGAGUGUGUAGCUUCUCAUCAAAUAAAGAUUCUGUUCUCUCAA